AUGAAGAUGGAGCCGGGCCGGCCGGCCUCCCCGGCGGGCGGCGCGUGCCCGGACCCGGAGCCGGGCGGGCCCGACGGGCCGGGGGCCGCCCGGAGCGCGCCCGCCGCCCCCGCCCCGCGCCGCGCGCUCGGUCCCCCAGAGCCCGCGGCCUGCCCGGGCGCCGGGCGGGCCCCGGGGCCGGAGCGGCAGCCGCAGCUCGCCGGCCCGGACGCGCGCCCCGAGAGCGGCCGUGCGCCGGCCCCGGGCCCGGCAGCCUCUUACCUCCCGCCGGGCGCGGCCGCCCGCCCGGACCCGGAGCCCGAGCCCGAGCCCGAGCCCGAGCGGCAGCCGCCCGAGCUCGGCCCGCUUCUGUCCUGGACUGCAGAGCCCGAGGAUUACGGCCCCCCGAUCUGCCCGGGGAGCGCCUGUCUCCGUGUGCCCGGCUUCAGCCACAGCCGGCACCUGAGGCCCGAGGUCGACUUCUUCCCUUGCUUCCCCUCGGCCGCGGUGGGCGAGCUGACGCCGGAGGCGGGUCCCGGGGACCCGGCCCGGCCCGCGGACUUCAGCCAGACGUGCAGCCGAACGAGCGAGCCCGCGGCGUGUCCGGAGGACGGCCCCCGCCUCCGAGCGGUGUUCGAUGCCCUGGACGGCGACGGGGACGGCUUCGUCCGCAUCGAGGACUUCGUGCAAUUCGCUACGGUCUACGGGGCAGAGCAGGUGAAGGACUUAACGAAAUACUUGGACCCCUGCGGGCUUGGCGUGAUCAGUUUUGAGGACUUCUGCCGAGGGAUCACUGCCAUCAGGAAUGGAGAGUCCGAUGGCCAGCUGUGCGGGGUCGCACCUGCCCGGGACGAGGAGCCGCCCACCUGCCCCGAUGAGUUCGACGACUUCGUUACCUUUGAGGCCAACGAGGUGACGGACAGCGCGUACAUGGGGUCCGAGAGCACCUACAGUGAGUGUGAGACCUUCACCGACGAGGACACCAGCACCCUGGUGCACCCUGAGCUGCAGACCGAAGGGGACGCCGACAGCGCCGGCGGCUCAGCUGUGCCCUCCGAGUGCCUGGACUCCAUUGAGGAGCUGGGCCACGGCGCCCUGCUGUUGCUCCCAGGCAGACCCCACCUGCACAGCCAGUCCGUCGUCACGGUGAUAGGUGGCGAGGAGCAAUUUGAGGACUACGGUGAGGGCAGUGAGGCAGAGCUGUCCCUGGAGACCCUCUGCAACGGGGAGCAUGACUGCAGAGACCCCACUUUCCUCACCCCCAGCACCGAUCCGCUUGCUGCAAAGCUGCACAGCAUCCUCACUGAUGAGGCUUUUGAGUUUUACUGUAGCCAAUGCCACAAACAGAUCAACCGCCUUGAGGAUCUUUCUGCUCGCCUGAACGAUCUUGAAAAGAAUAGUCCAGCGAAACGGCUCUCCAGCAGGAAGGUGGCAAGGUACCUGCACCAGUCAGGGGCCCUGACCGUGGCGGCCCUCCAGGACCCUGCCCCAGACCCCGUGGAGGGCAUGGAAGAGGACAUUGCUGACAAGGUUGUCUUCCUGGAGAAGAGGGUGUCGGAGCUGGAGAAGGACACGGCCGCCAGCGGGGAGCAGCACAGCCGGCUGCGGCAGGAGAACCUCCAGCUGGUGCACCGAGCCAACGCCCUGGAGGAGCAGCUCAAGGAGCAGGAGCUGAGAGCCUGUGAGACGGCGCUGCAGGAGGCACGGAGGCACCGGGAGCUCGUGUGCAAGAUGGAGCGGGAGCGCAGCCUCGAGGUGGAGAGCCUGCAGGCCAGGCUGCAGCAGCUAGAUGAGGAGAACGGGGAGCUGAGGUCCUGCACGCCGUGUCUGAAGGCCAACAUCGAGCGCCUAGAGGAGGAGAAGCAGAAGUUGCUGGACGAGAUUGAAGAGCUGUCCCUGCGGCUCAGUGAUGAGCAGGAGAACAGGAGGAAGCUGGGGGACAGGCUGAGUCACGAGAGGCACCAGUUCCAGAGGGACAAGGAGGCCACUCAGGAGUUGAUCGAGGACCUGCGCAGGCAGCUGGAGCACCUCCAGCUCUUCAAGCUGGAGGCCGAGCAGAGGCGGGGCCGGGGCAGCAGCGCGGGCCUGCAGGAGUACAACAGCCGCGCCCGCGAGAGCGAGCUGGAGCAGGAGGUCCGCAGGCUGAAGCAGGACAACCGCGCCCUGAAGGAGCAGAACGAUGAGCUCAACGGGCAGAUCAUCAACCUGAGCAUCCAGGGCGCCAGGAACCUCUUCUCCACCUCCUUCUCGGAGUCUCUGGCUGCAGAGAUCAGCUCCGUGUCCCGAGACGAGCUCAUGGACGCCAUUCAGAAGCAGGAGGAGAUAAACUUCCGCCUGCAGGACUACAUUGACCGCAUCAUCGUGGCCAUCAUGGAGACCAACCCAUCCAUCCUGGAGGUCAAGUAGAGGCGGGAAGGCCCAGCCCGGUGUGCCCGGGACCCCACCCGCACCCAGGAGACGGCCGCGGCGCGCACGCGGCCGAGGCCAGCAGCCGGGCUGGGCACAGAGGGAAGAAGAGCAGGCCGCCGGGGCCCAGAGCCCACGCGGGGGGGGGGGGGGUGGCGUGGGCCCGCCCUCUGCAGAGGUGUGGGGAGCACGGCUCGGGCGGACCCCUCCGUGAGCUCCCUCCCACGUGGCAGGCCUCUCUGCUGCCCUACCUGUCAGGGACGAAAGGAAGGACACGUCCCCACCGGGACGCUGCCAUGUGCGUCUGCUCAGGUGCCCUCACCUGGACCCUCGCGCCAGGCGUGAUGCGGUGGGCAGGACAGCCGGGCAGGGCGGUGCGCGUCUGGUUCGGGCUGGGAGCUGCAGGACCCCGCCUCUCCCGGGACCGUGUCGCUGGAGCUGCUCGGCCCGGUCACCCACCCAGUGAGAGCACCGCAGUCCGGCUUCAGACCCGGGGGCUCCGCAGCCGGCCACGCAGCUGUCCCCACAGCCCAGACCCUUGCCGCGGUGACGGGGCUGAGGCCGAGCCUCCACCCCAAGCUCAGGGCUUGAGAGUCCCAGCACGUGGAGCAUGCUCUGUGCGCAGGAUGGGUCUCGUGGCCCUGUGACUCCAGGCGCGGGCAGCAUCGUGCUGAGACGCUGCCUCCCCGUGGGUGUGGCCCCCGGCCUCCUGGCGUCCUCCCCUCCCUGGGCAGGUCUCGGCUGCCCUGGGUGAAGUCCCCCUUCCCCAGGCCAGAAUCCAAAUGUCUGCCGCCACGUUUCCUCUGGGAGUUUGAAGUCGUUAAAGUGGCCACCGUCCCGGAGCUGCGUUCUGGAGGAGGCUGGGCGCUGCGGCUUCUCUGAGUACCCAGCUUAAGAGCAGAGAGCAAGGCCCUCCCGGCAGCGUGUGGGCUCCUUUAAGGAAGCCGUUGCCUGGCUCUGUGCCACUGGCACCGGGCACUGCACCGCAGUGGGGGCUGCUGGGCCCGCCCUACUCUGCGCCUGCGCUCUGGCCGGGAGCCUCCAGGUGCUCCGGGUGGGUCAAGACCCCACACACAGGCUGGCCACUGCUGUGUGCAAGUGCGUACGUGAGGGCGUGUAUGUGCGCGUGGUGUGUGUGCGUGUGCGUGUGUGUGUGGUGCCCUGCGUCCCUCCAUCCGUGUGGCCCACCUUCUACACUAAGAUUUAAGAUGUUGCCUCGUAUUGUACAUUUUGGGGAAAGCCUUGGGUGUAAAUCAGUGUAAACUUGGAGGAGAGAUUUUUCUAUCAUGUAGAGUAGGUAUUUUUUAUAGAUUGAAGGUUGAUCAAUUUUUUAAUACUUCCAAGAGAGAAAACUAUCUGUGUAUACACAUGAAAUAUAUAUAUAUGUAUGAUAAUAAAUACUGGAGCUCUGCUUUCCGUGCCCAGCCCCGCCCCCGUGGCACA